AACAAUAGUCCUAUAAAUUAAUCCCAUUCUUCCAUUAAAACACCACACUCUUCUUUCCACUCCAUCCAAGCAAUUACAAAGCCUCAAAUGGGAAAAGGAAGAAGUAUCCUAAAGUUAACUUCUCUUUUCUUUAGACUUAGAAACACCACACUCUCUUCUUCUCAACCUUCUUCAUGGCCUUGUCCACCUUGCAUGAACCCAAGAACACACUCAUUCCAUGCAUUUAAUCAUGAAGAUCAAGAGGAUGUUCCCAAGAGUCCUAUGAACAAUUCCAUAUAUCAUGACUCUAACUCAACUUACUCUUGUUUCACCAACACAUCAGAAGAUAACUCAGAGAGCUUCUCAACAAUGUCUGAGAACCAAUGGGAGGAGUCCUUAGAGGCAGCAAUACAUGCCUUGAAGUCAAAAAGGCUCUUCUUCCGGCCGGGGAUCAGUACGAGCUUGAUAUUAGAGAAAACCAUAGGCGAUGAAGAAGCGAGACGUUUUUCCGAAGAGAAUAUUACAAUGGUGAUGAACUCGAAUGACCCGGUCCGAGACUUUAGGACAUCCAUGGAGGAAAUGAUGGUGGCACAUGUGAUUGAAGAUUGGAAGAGUUUUGGAGAGCUUUUACUUUGGUAUCUUGAUGUCAAUGAGAUUGGUACUCAUGGGUUCAUUCUUGAAGCCUUUUUUGAAUUAGUUGUUAGCUUUGAUUCUUCCUUUCCUUCUUGUUCUUGUGUUUCAUAUCCAACUCAAACUCCUUGACUUGUCUUUUCUCUUUUUUGUAUUUAUUGUAUGAUAUUCAUGUAUAUAAUCCUCCUGCAAGUUUGUUUUUGCCUU